AUGGCGGCGGGAGUUGCAGCCUGGCUGCCUUUUGCCCGGGCUGCGGCCAUUGGAUGGAUGCCAGUGGCCAACUGCCCCAUGCCCCUAGCUCCAGCUGACAAGAACAAGCGGCAAGACGAGCUGAUUGUCCUCAAUGUGAGUGGACGACGGUUCCAGACCUGGAGGACCACUUUGGAGCGCUACCCCGAUACUCUGCUUGGUAGCACAGAGAAGGAGUUCUUCUUCAAUGAGGACACCAAGGAGUACUUCUUUGACCGUGACCCAGAAGUUUUCCGCUGUGUGCUCAACUUCUACCGCACGGGGAAGCUACACUACCCGCGGUAUGAGUGCAUCUCUGCCUACGACGAUGAGCUGGCCUUCUAUGGCAUCCUCCCUGAGAUCAUUGGAGACUGUUGCUACGAGGAGUACAAAGACCGCAAGCGGGAGAACGCCGAGCGGCUCAUGGAUGACAAUGACUCUGAGAACAACCAGGAGUCCAUGCCCUCACUCAGCUUCCGCCAGACCAUGUGGCGGGCCUUCGAAAACCCACACACCAGCACCCUGGCCCUGGUCUUCUACUACGUGACUGGCUUCUUCAUUGCUGUCUCAGUCAUCACCAACGUGGUGGAGACGGUGCCAUGCGGCACGGUGCCCGGGAGCAAGGAGCUGCCAUGUGGAGAGCGCUACUCGGUGGCCUUCUUCUGCCUGGACACUGCCUGCGUCAUGAUCUUCACAGUGGAGUACCUCCUCCGGCUCUUCGCGGCUCCCAGCCGAUACCGCUUCAUUCGCAGUGUGAUGAGCAUCAUCGACGUGGUGGCCAUCAUGCCCUAUUACAUUGGCCUCGUCAUGACCAACAAUGAGGAUGUGUCCGGGGCCUUUGUCACGCUCCGGGUCUUCCGUGUCUUCAGGAUCUUCAAAUUCUCUCGACACUCCCAGGGUCUACGAAUCCUGGGGUACACCCUGAAGAGCUGUGCCUCGGAACUGGGCUUUCUCCUCUUCUCCCUCACCAUGGCCAUAAUCAUCUUUGCCACUGUGAUGUUUUAUGCCGAGAAGGGCUCCUCUGCCAGCAAGUUCACAAGCAUCCCCGCAUCUUUCUGGUACACCAUCGUCACCAUGACUACACUGGGGUAA